UCUGAGGAUAUCACUGCCAUUUCUGUUCCCUCAAGCAUCAUUCAUUAUUGCUAGGGUUUCUGUGUUUCCGAAACAAAGAGACGAAGAUCAUGCCUGCCAGAGAGAAUGGCGCCAUAACCAACCUAUCUUCCUCCUCAGACACUCUCAUCAAUCUCGAUCAUGGCGAUCCGAUUGUGUUCGAGUCGUUCUGGAAGAAGAUGGGUGAAAAGUGCAGCGUCGUGAUUUCCGGCAGCCAGUCGCUGAGCUACUUUGCCAAUACGAAGAAUCUGUGCUGGUUCUUGGAGCCGGAAUUGGAGGAGGAGAUCCGGCGGCUCCAUCGGGUGGUCGGAAACGCGGCAGCCGAGGACCACUACGUGGUGGUGGGGACUGGCUCGACACAGCUCGUUCAGGCGGUCCUCUUCGCUCUCUGCUCAUCGGCGUCCGGUGAGACGCCGCCGGAGCCUGUCAGUGUGGUUGCCGCUGCUCCUUACUACUCGUGCUACCCAGAAGUGACGGACUUUCUGAGCUCAAAGCUGUACAAAUGGGGAGGAGAUGCUCAAAGCUUCGACAAGAAAGGGCCAUACAUCGAGUUCGUGACAUCACCAAACAACCCAGAUGGCAGCAUUCGAGAAUCCAUUAUUGUGAAGAAGCGAGGUGAAGAAGAAGGUAAGGUAGUGCAUGACCUGGCCUACUACUGGCCUCACUACACUCCUAUCACUUCUCCGGCCCGUUUUGACAUCAUGCUCUUCACUGUUUCCAAAUGCACUGGCCAUGCCGGAUCUCGCAUUGGAUGGGCUCUUGUGAAGGACAAGUAUGUGGCAACAAGGAUGACAAAGUUCAUAGAGGUGAACACAAUUGGGGUCUCAAAGGAGUCCCAGCUCCGAGCUUCAAAGAUCUUGGGAGCCAUCUCCGAUGGCAGCCUGCAAUCCAGCUCAAACAACUUCUUCGAAUAUGGUCGUCUUCUAAUGGAAGAAAGAUGGGAGAAGUUGAGGCAAGUGGUUGGAAGAAGCAACAUCUUCAGCCUCCCUAAAUACCCACAAGAGCAUUGCCUCUUCACCGGCAAGCUCAGUGAAACUCAUGCUGCCUUUGCAUGGAUGAAACACAACAUGGCGACUGAGGACCUGGAGAAGCUUCUUCGAGGAAAGAAGAUUCUGUCGAGAAGCGGGAGUCGAUUUGGGAGCGAUCAGAGUUAUGUCAGGCUGAGCAUGUUGGGUCGGGAAGACGAGUUCAAGCUCUUUCUAGAGAGGUUGACGGCCAUACAAUAAGUCAGCCGCCAGAAACCAUGCAUUGUUUUGAUGAUCAGUUAUGGAUGCCGAAUGCUGAAUGCAAGCUGAUUCACACACAAUUAGAAUUUUAGGCUAUACUGUUACAUACACAAGCAUACAACCCAGGAUAUGAUAUUUUUCUUUCCUUUUUUAAGCUUUCUGAUAGGGAAUUUGUUUUCAAUUAGUUAUGCAAUGUGAACCCCAUUAUUAAUUCAUUUGGGAUCCAUUUUUUUAUUUCCAAGAAGACAAUUCUUUUUUACAUGGGGCAUUGUUAUUGAACAAUAUUGUUGGCUCACUUA